AUGAUCCUAACCCGAUAUGUACUUUAUGUCCUAGUGGGCCUGGUCGCUGGACGCCUCCAGGAUGUGUUGCAGUCAGGAUGUGAUGGCACUGGCAUUGUGGAUGGCGGUCACUGCAAUGGCACAGGUGUUGUGGACGAUCCAAUCCCGCAUGACCGUGAAGGCUUCCAGUUCGAAAACCCAUCGACGAACUGCAAAUAUGUAUCGCAGAUGUAUAUCUGGGAUUCCUUCAAAGUCCUGGAGAAAGACAUGGCGAAGCUAUUCACGCUGAUCAACAAAGACGUUCAAUUCACCGUGGUCGGACACCAUCCAAUCGCCGGCCGCUACCACGACCUGCUCCAUUUCUAUGUCAAUGCACUGCGGCGAGUCAGCAUGUUGUUUUCCGACCAUGCCGACCUGUUUGAGAUCCACCCGCAGGGAAUCUACGGUGGAUGCAAUGCCGAGUGGUCGGUGGAAGAGAUCCAAUUCAAAGGCGUGAUGAAUUCCGGUGAGCAGGAUAUCCUCCGGCCCCGAUCCUUGUUGACCCAGCGCAGGGGAUAA